AGGAAGGGGAGGCAGCUGGGCCUGUAAGCGAUUGGCUGGCCCAGCCCAGACUCCUCUAUCAGCUCCUGGUCAGGAGCCAGAGAGGGGGAGACAAGGAUCUGGGGAACACAGGGCUCCUGUGAGAACUUCCUGAGAGAAGGAUGCCACAGCUGAGCCUGUCCUGGCUGGACCUAGGGCCUGCAAUGGUCUCUCUGUUGCUGUUCCUGAUGAUGGUUGGGGCAUCCUGGCUCCUGGCUUAUAUCCUGACCAAGGUUUAUGCUGUCUACGAAAAUGUUCAUCUCCUCCGCUGUUUCCCUCAGCCUCGCAGACGAAACUGGCUCCUUGGCCACCUGGGCCUGAUCCAGAGCUCGGAGGAAGGGCUCCUGUACAUCCAGAACCUGGUUCAAACUUUCAGGGAUGUGUGCUGCUGGUGGGCGGGGCCGUGGCAUCCCGUCAUCCGCGUAUUCCACCCUGCCUUCAUCAAGCCUGUGCUCUUGGCUCCAGCCUCAGUUGCUCCCAAAGACACACUCUUCUACAGUUUCCUGAAGCCGUGGCUAGGGGAUGGCCUCUUGCUGAGUGCUGGUGAGAAGUGGAGCCGCCACCGUCGCAUGCUGACACCUGCUUUCCACUUCAACACCCUGAAGCCCUAUGUGAAAAUUUUUAAUGAAAGCGCCAACAUCAUGCAUGCCAAGUGGCAGCGCCUAGCUUCCAAGGGCAGGUCCCGUCUGGACAUGUUUGAACACAUCAGCCUCAUGACCCUGGACAGUCUGCAGAAGUGUGUCUUCAGCUUCGACAGCCAUUGCCAGGAGAAGCCUAGUGAAUACAUCGCUGCCAUCCUAGAACUCAGUGCCUUAGUGGCCAGAAGGCACCAGAAGCUGCUUCAGCACUUCGACCUGUUCUACCACCUCACCUGCGACGGGAUGCGCUUCCGGAAGGCCUGCCGCCUAGUGCAUGACUUCACUGAUGCUGUCAUCCGGGAGCGUCGCCGCACCCUGCCCGAUGAGGGUGGUGAUGAUGGCCUCAAGGCCAAGGCCAAGGCCAAGACUUUGGAUUUCAUUGAUGUGCUGCUGCUGAGCAAGGAUGAACAUGGAAAGGCGCUGUCUGAUGAGGACAUCCGAGCGGAGGCUGACACCUUCAUGUUUGGAGGCCAUGAUACCACAGCCAGUGGGCUCUGCUGGACUCUGUACAACCUGGCGAGGCACCCAGAAUACCAGGAACGCUGCCGGCAGGAGGUGCGGGAGCUCUUGCGGGACCGUGAGCCUGAGGAGAUUGAGUGGGACGACCUGGCCCGGCUGCCCUUCCUGACCAUGUGCAUCAAGGAGAGCCUGCGGCUGCACCCUCCGGUCACUGCUGUCUCCCGCUGCUGCACUCAGGACGUUGUGCUCCCAGAUGGCCGGGUCAUCCCUAAAGGUGUUAUCUGCCGAAUAAGUAUUUUCGGGACACAUCACAAUCCAGCUGUGUGGCCAGACCCGGAGGUCUAUGACCCCUUCCGUUUUGACACAGAUAAGACCAAGGGCAGGUCAUCCCUGGCUUUUAUUCCCUUCUCGGCUGGGCCCAGGAACUGCAUUGGACAGACGUUCGCCAUGAGCGAGAUGAAGGUGGCGCUGGCACUGACGCUGCUGCGCUUCCGCGUCCUGCCCGACCACAAGGAGCCUCGCAGGCAGCCUGAGCUGAUCCUGCGCGCUGAGGGCGGACUAUGGCUGCGGAUGGAGCCGCUGAGCAGAGGCGCACAGUGA